AUGGACUUUGAAAACUUGAGAUCCACCAACAGCAGCUCCUCUGCUCGUGCUGACCACCACAACAGCAACUUCCAUGGCAACAACAGCUACAAACAAUCCACCAGUGGCAGCGUGGAUGCACUUGGUUUAAAUGAAGGAGAAUUGACCAUUAAGAAGAAAAGAAGAUAUGUCAAAUUGGACGAUGAAAAACUAUUGUCUUCAAAGGGUCUUCCUUAUAUUUUAAAAAAUUCAAACAAGGUCACUAAAUUGUUGGAUAAUAGAAUUCAAAAAAAGAAAAAAAACGACUUGCAAAACAAAUCUAGACACAAACACCAAAACAACUAUACUUACACUCGAAUGAACUCAAAUUUUGAAUUUCAAUUUGAAAAUUUGGUUAAAAUAUUGGAAUUCUAUACAUUAUGGGCUCAUCAUUUGUUUCCAAAAUUCACCUUUUUCGAAUUCGUUCAUUAUUGUCAGAAUAAUAAUAAUAUCAAGACAAGCAAAUUGCUAAAAGAAUUUAGAACCGAAUUAAUUGUCAAAGAAGAAAACAGAAAUAUCGAUUCUAAAAAUAAUGCUGAGAUUAAUAACAAAAAAAACAAUCUUGAUCAGAAUAUCCAAAACGAUUUAAACAUCAUAAAUAUUGAAGAUGAUUUAAUCAACACAAAUACUACAAACACAAGUCACAAAAACAAAAACAAAGAUAAAAAUAAAAAUAAUAACAUUGAUAAUAAUAAUAAUAAUAAUAACAUUGAUAAUAAUAAUAAUAAUAAUAAUAAUAAUAAUAAUAAUAAUAAUAAUAAUAAUAAUAAUAAUAAUAAUAGUGAUAAUGAUACCAAUAUCAAUCAAAUUGGAACUGAAAACUCAAAUCAUUUUAUUUCCAAGACAAACGGACUAUUUGUUGGUGAAGACUUUGAAUUAAUUGAUUCAAUAAACACAACAAUCAAUAAUAAUUUACUAAAGAAUAAAACUUAUUCAUCAAGAAGAAGAAGAAAAAUUAGUUCAAUAAUGGAUAGUGAUGAUGAAAAAAAUGAUGAUGAUACUACUAAUAAAAUAAACAAUUCAAUAAACAACAAAGACGACGACGACAACGACGACGACGAUGAUGAUGAUGAUGGUAUAUAUGUUACAGGAUUUAAUAAAAUUAGUUCUACAAGUAUAAAUAAAAACAAUAUCGAUUCUAAGAAUGACAAUAAUAGAAAGGAAAAAAAUAACAAAGAUACUGAUGAAUUCUCAAGUGAUGGAUUUUCAAGUGAUGAUGAUGACUUAUUUUUACAAUUGACUAAUAAAAGCAAUAAACAAUCACAAAUUCAAAGCAAUAAAGAAACUACUCAACCGACUCAUUUGUAUGUUAUGAAUAAUGAUAUCAAUAUCAGUAAAGAAAAUAAUACUAAAACUGGCAUGAAUAAUAGUCUGGAUAUUACUAAUCCAGUUCCGGGUUUUGAUGACGUCGAUGAAGAAUAUAAUGAAGAACUUGAGUAUUUAAUUAGCAUGGGAAUGUGA